UGUCCAGCGAGUGGUCUCCUCCUCCGGCUAGUGCUGCGGCGGCGUCCCGGGGCCUCCCGAGAGUCGGGCGGGCGGGGAGAGCGGGUGUGGAUUUGUCUGGACGGACUAAGAUUCCAGAUGGCAACUUCUAUGAAUGGCAGGAACCCUGGCGGUCGAGGAGGAAACCCCCGGAAAGGUCGAAUUUUGGGCAUUAUCGAUGCGAUUCAGGAUGCAGUGGGACCCCCUAAGCAAGCGGCGGCAGAUCGCAGGACUGUGGAGAAAACUUGGAAGCUCAUGGACAAAGUGGUGAGACUGUGCCAAAAUCCCAAGCUUCAGUUGAAAAAUAGCCCACCAUAUAUUCUUGAUAUUUUACCUGAUACAUACCAACAUUUGCGACUUAUAUUGAGUAAAUAUGAUGACAACCAGAAACUUGUCCAACUCAGUGAGAAUGAAUAUUUUAAAAUCUAUAUUGACAGUCUAAUGAAAAAGUCAAAACGGGCAAUAAGGCUGUUUAAAGAAGGCAAGGAGCGGAUGUAUGAAGAACAGUCACAGGACAGACGAAAUCUCACAAAACUAUCGCUUAUCUUCAGUCACAUGCUUGCAGAAAUCAAGGCAAUCUUUCCCAAUGGUCAAUUCCAGGGAGAUAACUUCCGUAUCACCAAAGCAGAUGCUGCUGAAUUCUGGAGAAAGUUUUUUGGAGACAAAACUAUUGUACCGUGGAAAGUAUUCAGGCAGUGCCUUCAUGAAGUCCAUCAAAUUAGCUCUGGCUUGGAAGCAAUGGCUCUGAAAUCAACAAUUGAUUUAACUUGCAAUGAUUACAUUUCAGUUUUUGAAUUUGACAUUUUCACCAGGCUAUUUCAGCCAUGGGGCUCUAUUUUACGGAAUUGGAAUUUCUUAGCUGUCACACAUCCGGGUUACAUGGCAUUUCUCACCUAUGACGAAGUUAAAGCACGACUACAAAAAUACAGUACCAAACCUGGAAGCUAUAUUUUCCGGUUAAGCUGCACGCGAUUGGGACAGUGGGCCAUUGGCUAUGUGACUGGGGAUGGCAAUAUCUUACAGACAAUACCUCAUAACAAGCCCUUAUUUCAAGCCCUGAUUGAUGGCAGCAGGGAAGGAUUUUAUCUUUAUCCUGAUGGGAGGAGCUAUAAUCCUGAUUUAACUGGAUUAUGUGAACCUACACCCCACGAUCAUAUAAAAGUUACACAGGAACAAUAUGAAUUAUAUUGUGAAAUGGGUUCCACUUUUCAGCUCUGUAAAAUUUGUGCAGAGAAUGACAAAGAUGUCAAGAUUGAGCCUUGUGGGCAUUUGAUGUGUACCUCUUGUCUUACAGCAUGGCAGGAAUCCGAUGGCCAGGGCUGCCCCUUCUGUCGCUGUGAAAUAAAAGGAACUGAGCCCAUAAUCGUGGACCCAUUUGAUCCUAGAGAUGAAGGCUCCAGGUGCUGCAGCAUCAUUGACCCCUUUGGCAUGCCCAUGCUCGACUUGGAUGACGAUGAUGAUCGAGAGGAGUCCUUGAUGAUGAAUCGGUUGGCAAAUGUUCGAAAGUGCACCGAUAGGCAAAACUCGCCAGUCACAUCACCUGGAUCCUCUCCUCUUGCCCAGAGAAGAAAGCCUCAGGCAGAUCCUCUCCAAAUCCCGCAUCUCAGCCUGCCACCAGUGCCUCCUCGCCUGGAUCUAAUUCAGAAAGGCAUAGCCCGUUCUCCCUGUGGCAGCCCAACUGGUUCGCCAAAGUCUUCUCCUUGCAUGGUGAGAAAACAAGAUAAACCACUCCCAGCACCACCUCCUCCCUUAAGAGAUCCUCCUCCACCUCCACCGGAAAGACCUCCCCCAAUCCCCCCUGAAAACAGACUGAGCAGACACUUCCAUCAUGUGGAAGGUGUGCCUUGCAGAGACCAGCCAAUGCCUCUUGAAGCCUGGUGCCCUCGCGAUGUGUUUGGGACUAAUCAGUUGGUGGGCUGUCGCAUCCUGGGGGAUGGCUCUCCAAAGCCUGGAAUCACAGCUAGUUCAAACAUAAACGGAAGGCACAGUAGAAUGGGUUCUGAUCCAGUGCUGAUGCGGAAACAUAGACGCCACGAUUUGCCUUUAGAAGCAGCCAAGGUCUUCUCCAAUGGUCACCUUGGAAGUGAAGAAUAUGAUGUUCCUCCUCGGCUGUCUCCUCCUCCUCCAGUUACCACUCUUCUCCCUGGUGUAAAGUGUACUGGUCCGUUAGCAAAUUCUCUUUCAGAGAAAACAAAAGACCUGGUAGAAGAAGAUGAUGAUGAAUACAAGAUUCCUUCAUCCCAUCCUGUUUCCCUGAAUUCACAACCAUCUCAUUGUCAUAACGUAAAACCUACAGUUCGGUCUUGUGAUAAUGGUCAUUGUAUAUUGAAUGGAACACAUGGUACGUCGUCAGAGAUGAAGAAAUCAAACAUCCCUGAGUUAGGCAUAUAUUUAAAGGGAGAUGUUUUUGAUUCAGCCUCUGAUGCAGUGCCAUUACCACCUGCCAGGCCUCCAACUCGGGACAAUCCAAAGCAUGGUUCUUCACUCAACAGGACGCCCUCUGAUUAUGAUCUUCUCAUCCCUCCAUUAGGUGAAGAUGCUUUUGAUGCCCUCCCUCCAUCCCUCCCGCCUCCCCCACCUCCUGCAAGACAUAGUCUCGUGGAACCUUCGAAACCUCCUGGCUCUGGUAGCCGACCAUCCUCAGGACAGGACCUUUUCCUUCUUCCUUCAGAUCCCUUUUUUGAUCCAGCAAGUGGCCAAGUUCCUUUGCCUCCUGCUAGGAGAUUACCAGGUGAAAAUGUCAAAUCCAACAGAACAUCACAGGACUAUGACCAGCUGCCUUCAUCUUCAGAUGGUUCACAAGCACCAGCCAGACCCCCCAAGCCACGGCCCCGCAGGACUGCACCAGAAAUUCACCACCGAAAGCCCCAUGGGCCUGAGGCAGCAUUAGAAAACGUCGAUGCAAAAAUUGCAAAACUCAUGGGUGAAGGCUAUGCCUUUGAAGAAGUGAAGAGAGCCUUGGAGAUUGCCCAGAAUAACGUGGAAGUAGCCCGCAGCAUCCUUCGAGAAUUCGCCUUCCCUCCUCCAGUCUCCCCACGUCUAAAUCUAUAGCAGCCAGGAGUGGAGUCGCCAAAAUGAAAAGCAGUUGACAGAUGUUCCUGCAGUAUGGAAGAGAGAGGCGAGGUGGAGUUCAAGAGAGAAGGUGCUCACACUCACGCAGCGCCUGGGAGAGCUCCCCUGGGGUGUGCAGCUUCUCGGACCACAGCUGCUUCUCAGGAUGUCCACGGCCGCCGCGGCUUCCUUGUUUUUGCUAGCCAUACUUUGAAAUCAGGGUUGAACUGACAAAAAUAAUUUAAAGACGUUUACUUCCCUUGAACUUUGAAUCUGUGAAAUGCUUUUCCUUGUUUACAAGUUAGCGAAGUUGCAGUUCGUUUGGGUUUUGUUUUCUGUACUGUGUCCUGGACAAAACCUUGUAGAAUAGUCAGGUCUGCUGUAACAUCUCCUACCUAACCCCUUGCUGUCCAUGUCAGCAACUGAAUCUCCUGUUGGUUCUCCGCCUUCAUGUCCCCCAACCUGGGUCCAGUUCCAUUUCUCUCAUUUACACGAUGCUUUAAAGGUUCUGAUUGUCAACAUAUCAAACCAAUGCAAAAAAAAAAAAAAAAGUGUGUGUUCUUCACUACUGAGUCUGUUCUUCAGAAACCGUCACUGUUGAGAGAUGAGAAAAACCUGAAUGUAUAAAGCAUUUAUUUGUCAAUAAACUGCCUUUUAUAAGGGGAUUUUACAUAAUGUAGAGGAGCUUCCCUUUUUAGUGUUCAAGUUUCAUGACCUUGAAUCUGCCCUGUUCUCAUCUCUGUCAUCCUAUGGGUGUAAAAAUCUAAGAUAUUAGAAAGCAACUACUGCAUAUGGGGGAGAAAUACACUCACACAGGACAGUGCUGUCGUAUGUUACAUAAUGAGGUCUCCUGAUAUUUGUGCCUGGGUUACUUUGAGGCACUCAGAAAAUGAGGGCCAUUCCCCAACACAUAUUAAUAAUAACUUCCAGAUAAAAUUAUGAACAUACCUUUCCCAGCAUGUAAUAGAGUUCAUUUCCUGUUUGAACAAUUACACUCUGGUUCCUAACUGGUGUGCGAACCAUACUUCAGUAGAAACAUUAAAUCCUUUAUGCACUCAGUGCCAAAACUACUGUGGCAGUGUUUUUUGCUAAGUUCCUAGUAAUUUUCUCUUUCCAAUCAAAUUAGACUUCAUAUUUAAUUUGCAGAGUCUGUCACCCAUUGUUUCACAUUGCUCCAUCCAAUCAGGUCAAAGAAAUGUGAUAGGGUUGUAUUCUUUUUUGCAAAAUGGUGGUUCCUUAGAAUCCAUGUUAACUAUUUUCAAUAAAUCUAUAAAUAUUUUUUGAGUAUCAGUGGUGUGCCUGGCACCAUUGGGCACUAGUUCUAACCUGACUCCAGCGUGGUGUUUUAUUCUUUAUCCGUGUCUUUGAUGACAAAAAUUUCUGCUGCAUGAAACCUGCCAGGUUUAAUACAGGAGCUGCAGAAUUUCCUAGCGGUUUACUUCUUUGGUUCCUAAACACAAGUUAGUUGAAACAUUAAGACAGAACAUCUUUGAGUCAAAGGUGAGAACCCAGUUUGUUCUAAUUUGGACUAACUGUGGGUAUGUUCCACACCUUUUUUUUUAAGGUUUAUUUACUCAUUUAUUUGAAAGGCAGAGUGAGGGAAAGAAAGGGUGAGAUCCUGCAUUUGGUGGUUCAUCUCCUAAAAUCCCUGAUAGCUAGGACUGAGCCAGGUGGAAGCCAGGAGUCAGGAACUCCAUCCAAGUCUCUCACAGCACUGGCAAAGACCCAAGUACUUGGCCUUCAUCCACUGCCUCCCACAAUGCUGAUUAGCAGGAAGUUGGAUCACAAAGAGGCAGGACUCGAUCCAGGCACUCCAGUAUGGGCUGGGGACAGCCCAAGCACUGGCUGCUUAACUCACUCCAACACAAGACCUUCCCCAAACACACCUUUCUUAACUUCAUACUCAGUGUCACAGAAAAGGAUGUUCUAGGUUCUGAGUCCCCCUUCUCUGCUUGAAAAAGCACAACCAUACAUCAGAUAAAUCUGUUAGAAGUUAAUCUCCAAAACUUGUGCAGAUGGCCAGGUUGCCUGGAAAGAGAAACUAACACAUUCCUUUGCAAAGUAAUGGUGCCGGUUCUUGAAAGUCUGGCUUUCAUGGUAUGAGAUAUUUGAGAAAUCUGGGGCCUUGGAUGUUUGUGCUCUUGUGUAUGAAUUUCUUCAAGUGAUUCUGAGCUGGCUAUUUCCCUUAAGAGGAAUUUAUAAUUUGCCUUCGAUGUUCUUUCUGUGAGUAGGUAUAUGAAUGCAUUUUUUAUACUUCUUAAAAUUUGUUGGCUGAUUCUGUUUAUGAGCUCAAUGUUAUGUCAUCAUGGUUUUCAUAUGUUUUAUGAGUUUCUGAUGGGAUAUUGGAAUAACACUGUAUAUUUUGGCCUUUUUGUGACUUGCUGAUCAUGGGUACAGUUGACAAGCCAAAUGAUCCCACUUCGUUCUCAUAACAUUGUUACAGCUUUCUUAAUAGAUUGGGGAAUGAUGUAAAAUAGGAAUGUUAGAAAACAUAGUAUGUUCUCAUUAAGUUUUCAUAAUAUGUGAGGAUUUCCCAUGAGAAUUUUUUUUAAACUUUUAUUUAAUGAAUAUAAAUUUCCAAAGUACAGCUUAUGGAUUACAAUGGCUUCCCCCUCCCCAUAACUUCCCUCCCACCCACAACCCUCCCCUUUCCCACUCCCUCUCCCCUUCCAUUCACAUCAAGAUUCAUUUUCAAACCAUGAGAAUUUUAAAAGAUGGGGAUGAUAUAGCAAAUUUGGACCUGAAAUUUUUUUUAAGAACUUUUACAUGUCUCCACCAAACCCUCUCUUUAUCUGUUAGUCAAUAGCAGCCAUUGGUUUUGUUACUAAAAAGAAUUAACAACUCCUAUGGAAAGAGGGAAACUUCUAUGAGACACUGCCAUGAAAAGCCCUUUGCUACCGAUUGCCUGUGACAUCACACUCAAAAAGACAUUUUGAGGAAAUAAACCAAAAUAUUUUUGUUAUAAAUGUAACUACUUGUAAGUGGUUAGAAAUGGUUCAGACUUUAUUUCACUAUGAUCGAAAAAGUUAAACAUGCAUCUCUUUUCUGAAGAUUAGGAAAUAUUGUUAGUUAAGCCAGUGUUGCAUGUAGUCCAAAAGAGCAAGCAAAUCGUAGCUAAGAUUAUUCCUCUCCAUACCAAACACGUCCUAAGGGUAGAAGGGCCUAUCCUCAGUGAUACUAUAGCAUCUCCACAAUCUGCUUUUGUCUCCUGGUAGCUGAUACAGUCUGGCCUAAUUUUCUGGAAUUGAAUCAAAGCAGUUGAUAGUUAACUUGAACUUCUCUCCAUAAAUAAAAUAUCCAGUUCUUCUUACCCAUUAUCCUUGUCUACAUUCAAACAGUUUUAAUCAGCCCUAAUUACAACUUCAGAGGGCCCAUUUGUUAACUCAGUAUUUCACACACCAAGAACACUUGCAAAAUUUCUUCAUAAUGUGAAGUUUUAAAUUUCCAGUUCCAGAAGCAUUUCCUACAGUUCGGAUGUUCUCCUCUUGGUUUUUUCAGCUUGAAGCUUUAUUUUGCACUCAAUUAUGUAACCUGAUUAAAAUUUUAAUUUCUCUCUUAGCUGACAGAUAUGGAAGCAAAUUACAGCCCGAGUUAAAUGGUUACAAAUGCCUGUUGACCUGGAAUUUAGUGCUUCUAGAAAAAGUGUCCAGAAAAGACAGCAACAGAGUGAAGGGUUUUCUUCCCAAUUACUAUUUUAUUGGGUUUUUUAAAUGCUUUUUUAAAACUUGUCUAAUGUGGCAAAAUAAUUAUGUAUUCCAUUAAUUUAUAUUUUAUUCAUUCUUUUUUCAGUUCUGGUUAUUAUGUAACCUCAAGUACUUUAUCUGUUCUUUUG